GUUUCUCAUGGUCCCAUUGGGUUGACGCCUGUUUUGUGGGCGGAGGUUUGUUUACGCACUCGCCGGGGCGGGACUGUUGUGUCCAACAGGAAAACUACAGAAAGAUGGCUGCAAUCAGAAAGAAACUGGUGAUAGUGGGUGAUGGAGCCUGUGGAAAAACAUGUUUGCUUAUAGUGUUUAGCAAAGAUCAGUUCCCAGAGGUCUACGUUCCCACUGUGUUUGAGAACUAUGUUGCAGAUAUUGAGGUGGAUGGAAAACAGGUGGAGCUGGCUCUGUGGGACACUGCAGGUCAGGAGGACUACGACCGUCUGAGACCUCUCUCAUAUCCAGACACAGACGUCAUUCUCAUGUGCUUCUCCAUUGACAGCCCUGACAGCUUAGAGAAUAUUCCUGAGAAAUGGACUCCAGAGGUAAAGCACUUCUGUCCAAAUGUGCCCAUAAUCCUGGUGGGAAAUAAGAAAGACCUGCGACAUGACGAGCACACCCGCAGAGAGUUGGCCAAGAUGAAACAGCACUGCUCAUGGUGUGGUGACUCUGGACCUCUACCAGCAUUGACGCGCAUGAUGACAAACCGGCGGUGGGGCUGAAGGGAGCUGAGAUGUGUUGCCAUGGGCGUGUCUACCUGCUGAAUGUAACCGCUGUAAAAGUUUUUAUUUCUCUGAUUAAUAACAUCUAUGGACCGCUCUGUUAUUGACACUCUGGUCUGCUCUGCCAAAGCGCUCUCUCUCUCUCUUUCUCUCUCUCUCUCUCUCUCUCUGACACAUAUCAAAUUAAAGUUCUUCGUGCAACAUAAAUUUUGAGUCAGACUCAGAAUAAGAAGCUGAUGUACGAAAUAAACAAAGUGAGAACACACGGGUAGAACAUCAGAGUUUAUUCCGUGAAUGCACCAGGAUAGCCGGGUUAGAGAAGUUUCAGGUUGUGGUGGUGUGGCCGAUCUGAGCGUCUCUUUCUUUCUCUCGCUCCAGGCUGAGCCACCUGAAAAAGUUUGGGAACCCCUGAAAAAGGAAAUAGGCCACACUGCACCUAUAGUUGCAUUGAGAAUUGUGUUAAAAUAAGAGUUCUGUUUGGUAAAAUGUUGAUUCUAAUGUGACUUUAAUGAUGCUUCAGGAGAUAAGCAUAACACUUGAUAAGACGUUACUUUACUUUUGUGUUGAGAUUAACUGAAGUUGAUGUGAAGCUAUAGCCAGUUUGAUAUGCUACUUACAAUGUUUUCUUUGUUGCAUUAAUUUGUCCAGUUGGACCAAAACAUUUUAUGUAAUUCAAAAACAGUUGAUUUAUGAGUUCAUUCAUGAAUAAAAGGCUUCAAGUUUGAA